AUGAUGGAGGAUUUCUCUGGUUUGGCUCUGCCUCCUCUGUUUGGAGGACACAUCCUGGAGGCAGAGCUAGAGCCAGGCGGUGUGGAGCUGGGACCUGGAGAGGUGGAGCUCGGCCCGGGAGGCAGCGAACUGCUUGAGAGCACAGUACAAGAGGAUGAAGAGACAAGAGCUCUUGAUAAGAGGAAAUAUCUGGCUCUGAGCAGGAGAUGUAAAGAAAUUGAACAG